AAAUAAAAAAAAGAAACACGUUAACCGCAACGGAUAUAAAAGAUCUUGCUUCCCUUCGGAGCUUCACAUUUUUGAAUCUUCAGUUAAACCAGAUCGAGUUUAGUUCCUUGGGCUGAAGAUGAAGCUUUAUUUCUUUGCAGUGCUUUUGUUGGGAAUUGCUGCCCAUCAAGUAUAUUCCCAAGCAUGCCAUUUACGGGAAAUAGAUUUAUGCGUGGCAAUUGGCAUGUUCCAUUACCAAAGCAACGGUAUCCCACCAGAUGAGGAGAAAGUGAACGAAUGGUGCGAAACCAUGCAAGAAGUGUCUCAGUGUAUGGGCAAUUUCACCGAUAAAUGCUUGUCACCUCUGCAGAAGGAAUUGAUGGGUCUUUUGGCUGGAUCGGGUGAAAUCGGCAAACAGUUCUGCCAGCCUGGUUCCGAAAUUAGAGCCAAUUACUUGACUCAUGCCGAGUGCUUAGCUGAUGGUGCAGAAGGCGAUGAUUUCAAAACCCAGUUGAGAGACAUCCAAGUUGUUAUCGAAAAGAUGUUUGAUGUUCCAUUCAAGAAACGAUUCCCUCUCAUGUGCUGUGGAUUCAGACGAUUCCAUGAGACAACUGAGAAAAUGACGGCCAAGCGAUGUGGUGAGGAAUCAGUGGCGAUGAUCCGUAACAUCAUGAAGAUGAUCGUUACUGAUCUCCCAGACAUCAUCUGCCAACGAUUCGACCCUGUCAGUGACGAAUGCAGGGAACUUCUUCCACCAUCAGGCACCCCACCCAAAGGAGCCGAGAACCAGACCCAAAUUGGAAAGUUGAUGGACACUGUCUUGGGCAACCUCUAAAUAAUCUGUGAUCCUUUUCUAUCAGCGGUUUGUGACCAAAGAGAUGUAAUCCACUUCGCACAUAAUCAGAUGAAUCACUUAGCACUCGCACAUUGUAAAGGAAAAAAUAAUCAAUGAAGAUGUUGAAAUGAGCUUAAAUUUUUUGCCUCCUCAUAAACUUUAGAUCUUCUCAUAUGUAUGUUGCACAACCGCUGGUGUUCAUAUGCAUUUCAUUUCUCUCCAUGUAAAUAUGUAGCAUGUACCAUUUAGAUAACGUCGUGAUGCAUAUUGAUUUGUUGACAAUAAACUUUUUUUUACAUA